AUGGGCCGGCUAUGGGCCAGCAAGUGGACCGCAAAAAUCCCUAAUGUGCCCGCCCGAAAAAUACGAUCGCUGGCCGGCGAACCGGACUACAAGUCCGUCAACCUGACCUGGGAGGUGGAGAGCGCGGAGCAGGUGCGCCGUGUGCCGGCGAUGAGAGGAGGCCGGGGAGCGAAAAAAUCCACGGCCGCUGGGCCCACCGAGCGAGGCGCACGAUCGUUUACCGUGUUCUACUGCGAGCUACAAAACUGGGGCCCCCACCGUUGCCGCUCCAAGACGGUGAAGGACGACUCGGAGGACGACCAAAGCAAUGGCAAGCAGUACUCGCUGUUGGUGAAAAAUUUACGCAUGGCCACGAAAUACUCGUUCCACGUGAAGCCGCUGGCCGGCGCAGGUGCGCAACAGCGAGUCGAGGAGCCGCUGGCCGCUGCUGGCCCGCCGGAGGGCAACGAAAUCAAUCAGGGUCAGACGAUCGUCAUACCGACGAAGGGAUUUUCAGCACACGCCACCCAGUGCCUGCCGGACGCGUCGGAGAUUGAGGUCGAAACGGGCCCCUACUUUGGCGGGCGGAUCGCGGCCGAGAACGGUAACUGUGGCGUGCAGGGCGAUGCUCGCAGUCCCCAGGAGUCGUACAUGAUGCGGAUCGAUCACGAAAAGUGUGGCAGCAAGGUGAGCACCCGGGACCUGACGGUCGAAACGUACAUCACGGUGCAGGAGAACCUGGGCAUCCUGACGCACAGUACGCGCCGGUUCGUGGUCGUGUGCACCUUCCAGCCGGACACGCUCACGGUUCGGGCACGGUUGGCGCUGCCCGGGAAGGGUGGAGCCGCUCCGGUUCCGACGUCCGAAUGGUGGCCCGCCAACGGCCGGAAUGCCCGUGUGCGACAGUUCAAUAUGAUCGGCAAAAGUGGCCUCGUGCUGAAAGGUGUCGGUGCCGCAGAUGAUGAUGAUCUUCCGGUCGAGGACGAACCGGGCGUGCCGGCGGUUGUGCGAGAACUGCCACCGGUGGUUACGGAAAGCGGAGCGGUGCCAACGACGGCCGCAGAACGAGACUCCAACCAUCCGAUGCCGGCGAUCGCGCCAACAAAAGCCUCCGAGAGGGACGUCAAGUUUGCGCGCCUUUUCAACGGACAAGAUCAAAGUACGGACGAAGGCGUGGGUUUGAUCGAUGAGUUGGACGAGUACGAACAGCGGCAUCCGGUGCCGACCGUCGACUCGACUGCGGCCAGCUCACAGCGACGAUCGUCGGGUGGCGGCGCGUCCGGUGUUUUCGAUGGCUCGGGGUUGCUGAUCACCGCCUGUUUGGCGGUGAUACUGGUGGGUGCCCUCGUGUAUCUGCUGCAGCGAGAGUUUAAGAAACAACGCAUGAUCCACCAGCACCAGCAGAUGGAGCGGACCGCUUCGGAACGCAGGGCCGCCGCGGUCACGAUGUAGACAGAGAGAGAGCGAACGAGCGUAGCAAUUCUUCCAAACUCCUCCUUAAGAUUAGAA